AUGCCGGCGCCACGCCCGACUGGGCCCCCGAGCACCCCCCAGCGCACCGCCCUUGCAAAACGAUGUCGUAAGUGUUUGGUGGCCGGCCGCAGCCGCGCCGCCGUUGGUGGGCGGUGUAGUGUUCGGCGGCAGGCCAUCCGCAGGCCAUCCGGAGGCCAUGCGCAGGCCAUCCCGGAGUCAUCCCGCGCCCCCACGCCAGAAACAAGGAUGCCCCCCUCCGUGGUGUCCCGCGAGGAGUGGAAUGCCGCGCGCCAGGAGCUGCUGGCCGCGGAGAAGGCCCUGACGCGGCAGCGCGACGAGGUGUCGCGCCAGCGGCGGGCCCUGCCCUGGGUGGCGCUGGAGAAGGACUACACCCUGCAGGACGCUGACGGGCGACCCGUGCGGUUCUCGGAGCUGUUCCGCGAUGGCAAGGCCGACCUGGUGGUGUACCACUUCAUGUAUGACCCUGCCUGGCAGCUGCCCUGCGACCACUGCUGCUGCUGGGCGGAGGGUUACAAUGCCUACGCCCCUUUCCUGGCCGACAAGUUCAACUUCGCCGUGGUGGCCAAGGCGCCCGCCGACCGGCUGAAGCUGGUGAUGGCGAUGAAGGGCUGGUCGCUGCCCAUGUACAGCUCUGGCGGGAGCGAUUUCAACGCGGACUUCCACGUCGAGAACACGGUGAUGAAGUGCGGCGGCCGGGAGGUGCCGCUGUCCCAGGGCCCGGGGCUGAACGUCUUCCGCAAGGAGGGCAGCGUGGUGUACCACACGUACAGCACCUACGGCAGGGGCCUCGAGGUCUUCAACGCGAUCUGGGCGUUCUUGGACGUCCUCCCCAAUGGCCGCGAGGGAUGGCACCCAAAGCACAAGCACCUGUACAGGAAGAGAAAGCCAAUCCCUGAUGGUGAAGAUUCUAAGUCGCGCAAGAGAGACAGAACUGAGAGCAGGGAAUCCAAGCACUGUGAAGAUCACAAGGCUGAGAGUUGA